AACACGCGUAGAGGUUCUAUAAGAAGUAGUCCCUGAUGUUUUAACCUGCGCGGCACAUAGUAUAAACUACCAUUAACAAGGAAUAUCUAAACUUGAAUAUCGGAAGAAGUCAUAUUUGGAAUAUGUCAGCAAGUAUCGAAGUUAGUGGUGGAAGUGAGAACUCACUCACAUAUAUGCCUCUGGCCAAUGCUUCAGUUCCUGUUCAACAUGGUUCCGCAAGUGGACAAGCACAGAUCUUUCAAGUCAGUCAAAAUGCACAGUUAAUAUCAGCUAACGGCCAGCAAAUAUGCGUUUUACCCACUGGAAAUGGAAAUCAAAUCCAGUCAAACGACGCAGUUCAACAAAUUAUUGUACAAGCAAACCAAGUUAAUCAACAGCAAAUGGUCAUCCAAAAUUCGACAACAGCAAAUACUUCAAAUUCUUCAACGCUAUCUUCCGAAGUAGUUGCAGAAGAGGAACCCCUUUAUGUUAACGCCAAACAAUACAAUAGAAUUUUAAAAAGAAGACAAGCUCGUGCUAAAUUAGAAGCCGAAGGUCGUAUUCCUAAGCAGAGGAAGAAAUAUCUACACGAAUCUCGCCACAAUCACGCAAAGAAUCGUCAGCGAGGAGAGGGCGGCAGAUUUCAUACCCACGGCGGAAAAGGCAAUGAUAAAUCCGAUUCAGAAACAGUUUUACAGUUAAAGCCUGAUAGAGAGUAA